GCGCACGCACGGACACCAGCACCAGUCUGGGCUCCAUGUAAACAUUUUGUGGGGGGCUUUUGUUCCACGCACGCUAGUCAUGCCAUGGAUAUUUUGUGGCAAUACCAGUUUAGGAUCAUUCUGCUCGGGGACUCCACAGUGGGCAAGUCGUCGCUGCUGAAGCGCUUCACGGACGGUAUUUACAGUGAUGUAGCAGAUCCCACGGUCGGCGUAGAUUUUUAUGCCCGAUCCCUCGAUAUCGAACCCGGGGUGAAGAUAAAGCUGCAGUUGUGGGAUACAGCCGGACAGGAGCGAUUCAGAUCCAUCACUACCUCCUACUACCGUAACUCCGUAGGCGGCCUGCUGGUGUUCGAUCUGACCAACCGCAAGACGUUUGAGCACGUGAGGGACUGGCACAAGGAGGUGAGCGAGCACAUCCUGCCCCACCACAUGGUCUACAUCCUCAUCGGCCACAAGAGCGACCUGAACAAGGAGCGCAAAGUCAGCCGCGACGAGGCAGAGCAGCUGGCCGCAGACCUGGGCAUCCGCUACGUGGAAACCUCGGCCAAGUGCAACAGCAACGUGGACCGUGCCUUCGAGCUGCUCACCAGGGACAUCUACGAGCUCAUGAAGAUGGGAGAGAUCACCACCAGAGACGGAUGGGACGGGGUCAAGAGUGGUCUGACCGCCAAGGUGCUGUACCCGGCCGACGAGGAGGAGGAGCUAGCCAGAGCAGCUCCGGAGAAGGGCUGCCACUGCUGACUGCUGAAGGACGGUGAUAUGGUACGGGUCAGGAAGGUGCUGUGGGGGUCUGCUGAGGGGAGCUGGCUGGACACUGAAGAGUGAGGUGUGCAAAGCAGUCCUGUAAACAGCGAGGGUCAUACAAGAUUUAUUUUUCAUUGAUUGAUUGUUGAUGCAAAAAUGUUCAACGUAAACCCUGACUUUACAUGAGUUACUAAAUAAUAUAUAUUGUGCCAAAAUAUGAUAAAACAUUGGGCCAGGGUCCGUCUUUUCCAGGUCACACAUAGACAUACUCCAGAGAAUAAUAAUUUGUUUUCUUCAAAUUAAAUAAACAUACAUUUUUCAAAAGGCUCCUUAUAACAGUCAUGCAUCUUUGGAAAACAGACCAUCUGGCACUGUCUAAAAUUAGAAACUGUUAUUUCCAGUGAACACAAACUAAAAACAGAAAAGGACACUUAGUAUGUUGACUGCUGACUAACCUGUACCAUACCACUCAGAUGGAAACUGUCCACGCUCCUACUAGUUCUCACAACCAGCCUUCCAACAGACAGACUGAGGCUGAGUACUGCUUGUUUCACCUCCAUCACCGUCACCAUGUGCUCUGUGGGACUGGCCUGAUAGAGGACCAGUGUAGAACCUGUCGUGUCUCCAAACCACGUGAUGAAGCAUGUUGGACUGUGUUCUGUUCAGAGGAGGGAGCUCAGUCUUUGUGGCUGCAGUUGGCGGACUCCUAACAGAAAGUCUAUGAAGUCUUCAGCCUGGUAUCACAUCAAUGUUUUACUGCACUGUGUGGGUUUCCAUGUGAAUUAGCUAACCAUCUUGUGACUGUACCAUUGUAAAUACAACUGAAAUCUAUUGAGAUGAAAGCGGAAAAGGUCAGUGACUGCUGUCUGAUGAGAACAGAUGCGCUCUCCGCUCUAUGUCACAAAGUCAAUGCUUAAAGCUCUAAGUGCGCCUAUGCCAUACUUAGACUCUUCAUUCUGUUAAUAGAUGAUUGUUUUGUAAAAGAAAUGUAGCUGUAGGUAAGAUAUCUAGAGUAAGACUGAAACAUAGUUUCAUUAAAAUAUUUGUAUUAUUAAUGCAGGUGCACAAAGUCAAAGUUUUAACAAGCUUUUAUCAAAUGUUAGUAUUUGAUUACAGUUUAAAGCUGUAGUUAUUUUUACAAUCAAGCUCCAAACAGUGUCCCCUUCAAAAAGAAAAGAAUACUACUUCCGUAGACACGAAAAAGACAUAGUGGCCAUUUUUAGUUAAUUGUAAAAAAGAAAAAGAAUGCUUUUGUUUUACCUGUUCAAUCACAGACACAUAUUAGACAUAUUAGUUCAAAUUUAAAUCCUAUGUCUGAAAAAUGUGACUGAUAACACUAGCGCUUGAACAACUGGGGGCAGUGUAGAUGGAGAGUGGGUUUCUCUCAUUUAACCAACCGUUCAUCCUUUACAAACUGUGGUACACUUUUGUCUAAAACUUCUUCUAUUUAGCAAUUCCCAUACUACUAAUAAAACAAACUACUGAAGUGUCAUCAACAUUGCCAAAAUAUACUCAAGUUCACCUCUUCAGUAAUAUAGGCCUACACAAUAACAGACUCAAGUCAGGUUUUUAAUUACAUUGAUGUACAAAUCUAAACUGCUAUUGAAACACAUUAAAACCCAAAUCAGUAGAACAAAUUAUGAAGAAACUCUUCCUAUGCUCAUGUGUAUGUUCAAAUAGUCACAAGCAGAGCAUUAACAUCAUAAGCAGUUUUGGAUUAACUGAUUUCACAAACAAUGAAAUGCAUUCAUAUAGAAAUCCACUAGUUUAAUCUGUGUUCAUACUUAAAUUUAAAAAUACUCAAAAGAUGACUUGAUACUGCCUGACUGAAUCACUAUUUGCCAGUAAGUUACGCUAUUGUCUUUAACCUGGACCUCAUUUUGAGCGACAGUAUGUAUUAUUUUUGCCUAAACUAUGUAUUUCCGUAGUUGGAAUACUACCCAUAUGCCAUUUUGCAUCAACCCUUUACUACUACAGCUAUUACUAUAAAACAAAGAUGCUUACUUAUGAUAGCAUGGGUUGACGACAAUCAGAUAUGGUGUUUUAUUUUCACUGAAAAAAUAUUUCAUAUUAUUUUUUCCCUGUUUCUAAUCCAAACAACUGUAAAUUAUUGUCUGUGGUCGUCACCUAUAUAUUCUAAAAAAAAGUAUAUGCCAUUAUUCCACCAAUAGACACUAUUUCACAUGUAAUAUACACAUUACAUAGGCCUAUAUAAGUGUGAGCAGAGUGCAUUUUUGCAAUAACAAUAGUAAGAGUAUGGUCUACUACAAACUGACAGACUGAAUCAAGCUGCUUCAUCUUCUGUACUGAAAAAAUAAUAAUAACAUUAUUUAUUUUAUAUAUUGUGUUUAAGGGAAUUGCCUUUUAUUCACUGUCAUUUUAGGGAUUGGUUUAAAAUAAAUACAUAGAUGUUUGAUG